AGUAGGUCACGCCACGGCUCGCUGAGACAGACGGCUGUAGAUCAAUAACUGAAUCAAAGAAAGUCUUGAAAAAUCGAUCGUGUCAACUAUCUACACAUAGAGAAAGUUGGAUGACGUCAGUCCGGGUCGUGCCACUGGAAGGAACCGAAAUGUUUCACUGAAACUUGUAGGCUACGUCAUCUGAUGUCAACCAGCGUGUCAGUCAUGUGUUGAUGGUGUGUUGAUGGUGUGCUGAUGGUGUGUUGAUGGUGUGCUGAUGGUGUGUUGGUCGUGUACUGAAGACGACAUGGGGACAUUUCUACAGCAGGAUCAGGUGCUGGGGUGGGGUGUAGGACACCAGGGCGAGAGGCUGUUUAAUACUGCAUCGGGUCUACAGCCGACCUACAGGGAGAGUGCCGAUUCUUUUCUUGACGAGUCUGACGUGGACCCCUAUGACGCCAUCUAUGGCGAGCUGGACCUGGGGCGAGUGUACGGCCAACAGCUCGCAGUCUGGAGCCACCGCUCGCCUGAGAUGGUCUCGCUCUUCACCCCAGUAGAGGGCGACACCUUCGUCAACAUUGUGGCGUUCGCCAGGUCGACCCUAGAGUUCAACACGGCGGUAGACAAGAUGAUGGUGUUGUUGCCGGGACACAAGCGGCCACUGGACAUGGAGAGCGUUUUUCUGGUCAAGCCAGGGACAGCUAUCAUCAUCGCCCCUCUCUACGACUACAUGGUCACGAUUGAAGUCAAGCAACUUGGGCACAGAAUAGAUCUGGUGUUGAACAUUACAAUGUCCGUGCAGGAGCUCAAGUCACGUCUGCAGACAGAGCGAGGCUACCCCUCCACCAGGAUGGACCUCUUGUACAAGGACCGGCCCCUACAGAACGACAGGUACCUUUUUGAGUACGGACUGGCACAUUCCAGCACCAUUUUUGUGCUGCUCCAGCUCAAGAACGACGUGCUGGUUCAUGUCGAGACCUUCUGGGGCAAGCGCUACCACCUGUACGUAGACCCGUGCACCACGGGGUUCGCCAUCAUCGCCAGCGUGCUGCGGCGCACGGUCAGUCAGAACGUGCUGGACGUUGGCCGGCUGUACGAACUAUUCCUGCCCAAACACACGCUGGUCCUGUACUGCGGCUCACGCGCCCUGGACUGGGACCACUGCCUGGGCUUCUACGACCUGCAGGACAACAGCCUGCUGACCAUCUCGACCAUCGGGCUGGCGCAUGACAUGGCUAUACAGAAAGUCCCUAUCCUACUGGACAGUGGUAGACAGCAGCAUUUGCUUGCUUCAAAGUUUGACCGAUGGUCAACUGUGGCGCUCAAGCUGCAUGGUAUGACGGGCUACCCGGUGAACCUGAUCAAGGUGACACGACCCAACAGGCAAAGCAUCGAUUUCUCUGACGUCAUCGGCCCCGUGUCCAGCACCGGCCAACCCUUCCGUCUGGACGUCUCGGCUGUCGGCACGGACGAUGACCUGCUCUACGGCAUCCCCCUCAAGUUUAAGAUCGCCCGGGGCGUCACCGAGCUGCUCAAGGUGGCGCCCAGUCGAAGCAUCCAGUCAGUGAAGGAAACCCUGGAGAGGGUGGGCGUGCCCAACGCCAGCAUGUAUGACCUGAUGGUGGACGGCGUGCGCCUGGCCAACUCUAAGAGAGUUGUUGACGUCAUAGAGGAGUACAAGGUCCCCAUUGAGCUCAGCCUGAGACAGUACCCAGUAUUUAUCCACGGCCACCAGAACGUCAUCUUCAAGCUGCUGGCUCACAGCAAGGAGACUCUGGCCACGUUCUUGAUGCGGGUCAAGAUGAAGACGGGCUUGUCCUUCCAAGAUUACCUGCCCCUGAUCUGCGGCACGCCGCUGGACGAGGCCGAGAGUCUGCCAGUCUUUGACACACGGCUCUCCGUCAAGUCCUCCAUCUUCCUCGUCCCGAGAAAACAAAACAAAUCAUUUUUUAUACUGCACGGCGAUUGGCUGAGCAAACUUCGACUGCCGACUCAGCCCAAGAUGCAGCAGAUCAAAGAGACUUUAUGGAGAGAGAGAAAUAUCCCAGAGGGCGCACUGGCAUCCCUGGGGAGUUUUCUGCAGUGGUACUUUGGUGCCAGCAGCUCUCACCACCCGGCCGUGCAGGACACUGGGCUUAAAGAAAGGAUGGUCGUGUAUGAAGGGAACAUUGGCAACAAAUUUAUCUAUAGGAAAGACGAACUAGCGCCAGAAGAGGGGGGCAGUCUAGGGGAGCGACGAGAGCAGACAAGAAGGGCGGGGAUGAAUUCAUUGAAGAAAACCAAACAAGGCCUUAAACCAGCAGACGGCGCACGGCACAUGUCAGCAGAUGGCGCUAAAGCCCACCGCCAUCAGAAUACCAACAUGCGAAAAGCUUACACAACUGGGACGGGGGGAAAACACGUACGGGGUAGAAGAGAACGUCUAGCUCCGCCCAAAUACAAGAAUUCUCAACUAGCUCCGCCCAAAUUCAAGAAUUCUCAAGUAGCCCCGCCCACAUACAAGUAUUCUCAAGUUAACGAGCCUGAGGACGCCACUAAAGAGUGGGUCUUUUGUCUGCGUCAUGAUUACACAAUACCAGCCAAGUCCAAAACAAGCCAUCACUAAGUAGCCUACACCACCCGACUAAACCAAUCUGUAUAUCAAGCUAUUCACUGUUUUAAACUACAUCCAACACAAUCUUAUGCACAGUUUUUCAAACUAAACAAAACAUUUAAACUAGCAAACAUAUGAACUAUAAAAUAACAUUUAAACUAGCAAACAUGAAAACUAACUCCACCACAACUCCACCACAACUCCACCACAACUCCACCACAACAAGCCAAUCAACCGGAACCCUACAGGUGGAGCGAACCCACCCUGUCUUCUAGCCCGUCUCUUUGUUCGUCCAAGGCCAGUGGAGUAAUCAGGGUCAUCUCAAGGAGGAGGGGGGGGGGGUUGAAAUCUUUCCCAUAUAUAUAUAUAUAUAUAUAUAUAUAUAUAUAUAUAUAUAUAUAUAUAUAUAUAUAUAUACAUACAUAUAUACACACAUAUACUAAUCUAAAAACCUUGAUUUUACAAGCCAUUGUGGCUAAAAUGCAAUGCAAAAAUGUCUUGAUUGAGCAACUCGUUAAAUUAUUUAAAUCUCACCACAGGUUAAGAAAAUUUUCGCUUUUUUUCAGCUUCUUAAAAAUUAUAAACUGAUUUUGUUUGUAUUUCAUUUUUUCUACCUAUUUGGUUAUUGUAAAAAUAAAACAGUAUGUUCGAAAUCAAUGUUUAAAUUUUAAAAACAAUUAAUACAAUUUUUUAUACUGA